CAGCACAUCACUGGCAAACUGCAGCCUGUGCGUGAAAUACGUCCUCAGUCUGUCUCCGCUUCUGCUGGCCUGAUUCUUUACUAUUGGGGGUGUGUACAUGAUCAGAUUGAUGACACUGUUGAACCUGCUAAUCCACUGGUGGGAAAGAAAAUGUAGAUGAAAAGCAGCAGGGAAGAGAAACCUCAAGCCUCAGAACGGAGGGCUCUCUCUGCUGGGGAUCACACCAUCUCACAAUGUCAAAGAAGGGUGCAGGCAGCCGAGCUAAGGGAGACAAACCUGAUGCCUUAGCCGCUUUACAAGCUGCCAAUGAAGAGCUCAGGGCCAAACUGACAGACAUUCAAAUCGAACUCCAGCAAGAAAAGAGUAAGGUGAGCAAGUUGGAAAGAGAGAAAACACAGGAAGUGAAGCACGAGCAACACAAGUCCACAGUGGUCGUGACGGAACUCAAAGCCAAACUUCACGAAGAGAAAAUGAAGGAGCUGUACUCUGUGAGAGAGACGCUGUUAAGGCAGCAUGAAUCCGAGCUUCUCCGGGUCAUCAAAAUCAAGGACAGCGAGAUCCAGCGGCUGCAGGCCCUUGUCAAUGCCUUACGUGAUGGAACCACUGACAAGGUGAAAACGGUCCUGUUCACCGAGGCUAAGGAGGAAGCCAAGAAGGUGUUUGAGUUUGAGAAGAUUCGAAUGCAGCAGGAGAUUUCUGAGCUCAAGGGAGUUAAGAAACAAAUGGAGGAGACUUUAACUCUGGCUAUUCAAGCUGACAAAAUGAAGGCUGUAGAGAUAAGGAGUGUCCACCAUCUGCACCAGGAGGAGAUUUCCAGAAUCAAAAGGGAAUGUGAAAGGGAAAUCCGGAGACUGAUGGAUGAGAUUAAAUUAAAAGACAGAGCAGUCUACGUGCUGGAAAAAGAGUUGGGGGUUCAAGCUGGGCAAGCUCAGAGACUCCAGCUCCAAAAAGAGGCUUUAGAUGAACAACUUGUCCAAUUCAAAGAGGCUGAUCGUCAUCUGAGUAGCCCGAAACGAGAGGUUCCUUAUACAAGUGGUGCAGGAGACGCCUCAGAUCACUCAGGAAGUCCUGAACAGCAGUUGGAUGAAAAAGAUGCACGGAGAUUCCAGCUUAAAAUUGCUGAAUUGAGCUCAAUCAUCAGAAAGCUGGAAGACCGAAACACACUGCUGUCGGAGGAAAGAAAUGAACUCCUCAAACGGCUACGGGAAGCAGAGAGUCAAUACAAACCGAUCCUGGAUAAAAACAAACGACUCAGCAGAAAGAAUGAAGAGUUCACCCAUGCCUUACGUUGUGUGGAGAACAAACUGAAAUUUGUCACUCAGGAGAAUAUGGAAAUGAGGGAAAGAGCAGGAACGAUUAGACGUCCAAGCUCUUUGAAUGACCUCGAUCAAAGUCAAGAAGAGCAAGAGAUUGAAUUUCUGAGGCUGCAGGUUGUUGAACAGCAGAAUAUCAUUGAUGAUCUUUCUAAGGCGAUGGAAACGGCUGGAUAUGUAAAGAGCGUUAUAGAGCGUGACAAGCUACUGAGGUACCGAAGACAGAGAAAGAAAAUUGUAAAGCCAUUUAAGAAGCCAGUGGUGGAGACAUUCUUUGGGUAUGAUGAAGACGCCUCCUUAGAUUCUGAUGGUUCUUCAAUCUCAUAUCAAACCGACAGGACACCCUGUACUCCUGAUGAUGACAUGGAAGAAGGCAUGGCCAAAGAAGAAACUGAACUGCGUUUCCGCCAGUUGACUAUGGAGUACCAGGCUCUGCAGCGGGCAUAUGCACUAUUGCAAGAACAGGUUGGAGGAACAUUAGAUGCAGAAAGAGAAGUUAAGACACGUGAACAACUGCAAGCUGAAAUAGUUCGAUUUCAAACCAAAGUAGAGGAUCUUGAGAAAACGCUGGCAGAGCAAGGGCAGGACAUGAAAUGGAUUGAGGAGAAGCAAGCUCUGUAUCGGAGAAAUCAAGAGCUUGUGGAGAAGAUUAAGCAAACAGAGACAGAGGAGUCACGCCUAAAACAUGACAUCCAGGAUGUUAAAGACCAAAAUGAACUUUUAGAGUUCCGUAUCCUAGAACUUGAAGAACGAGAGAGAAGAUCACCUGGGAUCAACUUUCACCACAUUCCAUUCACAGAGGGGAGGAGUCCACUCCAGGUGUAUUGUGAGGCAGAGGGGGUCACGGAUAUUGUAGUAGCUGAUCUGAUGAAAAAGUUGGAUAUUUUAGGAGAUAACGCCGUAAGUAACUUGACCAAUGAAGAGCAAGUAGUCGUCAUUCAAGCAAGAACGAUCCUGACCUUAGCGGAAAAGUGGCUCCAACAGAUAGAAGUCAUUAAAUCGGCUUUACAACAAAAAAUGCUGGAUCUUGAAAAUGAAAAGGAGCUCUUCAGUAAACAGAAAGGAUAUUUGGAUGAAGAACUAGACUACAGGAAGCAAUCGAUGGAUCAGGCUCACAAGCGGAUCCUUGAGUUGGAGGCCAUGCUGUUCGAUGCACUGCAGCAGGAGGAUGGUGCUAAGAUGUCUGAGAUCCUGUCCGAAGAGGAGAGGGGGACUCUGAAAAGAGCAGUGGAGCAGUGGAAGCGGCAGGUCAUGAGUGAGCUGAGAGAGCGGGACGCUCAGAUCCUGAGGGAGAGGAUGGAGCUGGUUCAUCAUGCACAACAGAGAAUUAAAGAACUUGAAGAAAGAAUCGAAGCACAGAAACGACAGAUAAAGGAACUGGAAGAAAAGCUUUCAUUCUUUGGUCAUAGUUCUUCCAGUCUGCCAGAGAAGCCAACAGGUGAACAUAGACAUGUGUGUAUCUUACUAAAGUUGGCACUAGUUGGCCAAGGCAAGAAAAAUAUAAAAAUGUGGAAAGACACUUGUGGUCAUCAAAGAAGAAAAAUCAGAUGGAGAGAAGCCAAGAGAGCCAUGGAGUUUUUUUUUUUUGUUACCCCUACAAAAGAAGAAGCCAAGUCUGUAUACACAGCAACAACACUGGAGUGUGAGUUUACCUUGCAAAACAAUUGUGGCUUUGGAAGAGACAGGACCAGAGAAGAAGCUGCUGAAAACGAUAUUGUUUAGUUAGUGAUGAACAUUUUCUAAAAUCAAAGACCAGGACAGCAGUAACAGUAUCUUUACUGAAGAUGCUGAUUAAGGAAUCUUGGAUUUUAGUGAAUGCAAUUUAAGAACUCUUAAAUUGAUGAUUUUCCCUGCUGAGCAGGUUAGUAAGCAUAGUUGCUUUUGUAUAGAAGCAUGAAAAAAUAAAAGAGACAUACCCUACUUCCAACCUGUUUAUCCAGAGUAAUCUCAGUAAACAUGUAAAGCUAAUGAUGACAGCCUUCCUCUGCUUGAAAACAGUUGAUUUUAUUGAAAGAAUGACAAGAUGAAUGAGUCAUCUAAGCAAGUCCCUUUCAUCUGACAAUAAGCCAACCAACAGUCAAAGUACAGCUCGAAAAACAGGAUAUUGAACACAUUUUUAAUAAAUAUAUCAGAUUUGUAUCAAGGAGUGAAUAGAGAUGUAUGUGUUCCUCUGAGAGACUGUGCAGCAGUAUUUCACAGUAUUCUGAAGCAGAGAAGGCUCAAUAUGGAGAUGUUUACCUCAAUCGUGUGGUGCUUCUGAAACUAAGAUCAAAGAACUAGCAAAAGGAAAAUCAGUUAUCUCUCUUUAUGGACACAAGGCAAGGGCCUCCAGUUGAGAAAAAUGUAAAUGAAAUCAGGACUGUAACAGAAUUUAUAUUUAAUAUUUUUUUAUAGCCAAAGGGAUUUUGGCAAUAUGAGUAUAGUCAAAUCAAAUCUAUUUGUCUUCCUCCCAAAGGCCAUGGGAGGGCUUAUUAAAAGAAAAACAAAGAUUGGCAGAGCAGUAAAAAAAAAAAAAAAAGCAUUCAUCAGUGGAUGAAUCAGAUCAGAAGACUUCUGACAUUUCUACUGAAACCAAAUAAUGAAGACUUUGUGAUCAUAACCGGUUUACUGUCUGUGGUGGAGCUUAUUGAUAUAAGUACACCUGACAGAAGAAUAUCCUUCAAGGUAAGAUAAAAUACUGCUGGUGUUUUCCACCGCUGGUGUUGUUUUGGUUUUUGCCCCACUUAUUAUUAACCACGUACAGUGAAAGAGGUCUGGAGUUUAUACAUGUUAGGGAAAAAAUAAGGAAGGAAUAAGUAAGGAAAAAGUAGGCUCAUACAUGGGAGGUUGAAGUAUUUCAGUACUGUCCACCAGGUGGAGCUAAAGCUUUAGACUGGUAUGUGUUUGCAGACACAUACACUCACAACAAACUCAUGCAUUAAAUAUACAUUUAAGUAAUUUUAUUAAAGGCUUGUCAGCAUGAUGGAAUAUGAUAGGGCAUGAACACCCCUGGAAAUUUGAAUCUGACGUCUAUAAAGUCUAAUCUGUGAAGAAAAUUACCAGUAUAAUAUACCCUUAAAAGGUACCGGUAUGUUAACUGGUCAAGUAUACAGUACUUAAAGUAUUACGUUAUCCAAUAUAAGGAAACAAAUAUAUAUACUAAAAGCUUUUUACUCCAGAUUAUUAUUAGUUACAUCCAAUUAUAAAAUCUGAAAAAAUUAAUCUGUAAAAAAAAAAAGAAGAAGAAGAAACCAUUACAAUUGUAAAAUGAAGAAGAUUUUGUGAUUUUGUGUUUGGGUGUCAUUCAGGGUUAAAUACUGUUUAACAUAAAAAAGGACUCAUUUCUAUUCAGUCCCUUGACAGCUGGUGUGUUUAGAACAGUGUCACAUUUCCUGAAGGAGAAUUGAUUGAUUCCAUCUGCCUGUGACUCUCAAUACUGUCUAUACUGAGAUGCAAUAUUGUCAACUUGUAGUAUGCACUUGAUCUCCUUUAUAGUAGAUAUGCUGUAGAAGAGGUUAUAAAGGCAGCAAUGUUUAAUAGCAAGUGGAAUUAUGUUUUCCAAUAGUUCUGCUAAAUUAAAUGUAAAAGUCUCCCACUUUCAUAAUUAGUGGUAGGUAGCUUUUGACAAUCACUUUAGCAUGACCCAAGAGCAUUGAAACAGAAUAGAUACAAGUAAUUAAGAGGACAAGCCCUUGAUAUAGUCAUGGAUUAAUUUAACAUAACAAGUUGCUUGAGGGUGUAACUCAGAACAGUAUUCAAUAUUGCAAUUGCAGAGGUUGUAGAUGACAUCAUAAGCCUGGAAGACCAGGCACAAACUGGAGAAAAGAACAUAUGACCUCCAUUCAAUAUAUAUAUAUACAGUAUAUAUAUUCACUUUACUGCAUGUUCAGAAUGUUAUUGCUUGGUGAAGAUUGAUUUUGUUGAUCUCAGUUUUAAAAGCGUAUCUGUGAAUCAUUUGUAUGACAGGAAAAUUGCCUUAAGAGAAUUACAUUUUCUGCCAGCAGUGUUAUAGGAUGUCUACAUCUGAUGCCAUUGAAAGGAGGCCAGUGUGUCUGAUGAUGUGAUGUGCCCAUCUAUCCUCAUUUUAUUGCAGUUCUGCAGCAAACUGUAAAUCUAAGAAACCCUUAAGGUCUCUUUUUUUAUUUUUUAAUUGACUUCGUUUAUUCACAGGCACUAUCCUAGCAGAACUGCAGCUGGUUUGUUGCUUUGCAGAACAUUUCCUGAAAGUAGUGCCACAGCUUAUCUCAAAAGUUUGAUGUCUUCAUUCUCUAAAACAGAAUUUAAUAACGUAAUGAAACCACUCUUAAUUUCCUUCCACAAAGAUGUGCUGGCAAUGCCUGUGCCUCAAAGCCACAUGGUGAUACAGUCCUACCGGUCCAGUAAAGUGUCAACAGAAUGGACACAGAUGGACUGUGACAGCCAGUCCAUUCCCAUCUGCUGAAUGUGAAUAUGUGAAUGGGUAAUUGCAUUGACAGUGCUUGAUGCAUUAUAUAUUAUCCACUACAGGAGCCUAAUUGUAGAAUAAUGUAUAACUUGCAAUGUGAAAUGUAAUCUCUCUGACAAAAUGACAUGUUCUAUAGCAGUAUAGUGUUACAGCUCUCUUAAUGGUGGGAUCAGUCCAAACUUGGACUAACAAGAGUUGAAUCAGCAGAGAGGAAAUCAAAAAAUAAUAUGUUAUACAAAAUCCAUCUUGACCAGUGCAUGCAGAUUACUUAUCAUAAUACUUUUUAACAUGAAUUUGAACAUGCUAAAACUGAAACAUAAUUAAUAUUUGAUUGGACUGUAGAAGAAUUUCACUUUUAUUUCUAUACAAUACUUUUUUUCAUUUUUAGUCAGUAUGUAUAUAUAUAUAUAUUUAAUUUCAUUAUAGUGAAACAUUACUAUAGAUCCUAAAAUUUUGCUCAUAAAGCUGAAGGCUUUAAUCAAGCACUGAACUCCAACCUCAUCCACUGAAAUGUAUGAGAAGUGUAAUCCUGCUCCCCAUGGCACCGCUGUCAAGUGAAGUUUUCUUUUCAGCAAAAAUUACACUGCAAGGAGGCAAUAAUUCUCAUCCCACAUAUAAGAAGGACUUUCAAUCAAUUUAACUUGAGCAUGUCAAAUGACAGAUUGAUAGAUCUGCAACCAAUUAACUUUAAGUUCAGUUAAAUUCAGUAAGAAUAUUUACAGCUGAGAAAAAAGUAACGUAUAAUGUGGCUUAUUAGAUAAUUUUAAUAUAUAUAUAUAUCCUAGUGCAUCAUGUAAUUCCCUGUGUGACAUUGUUUUUAAUGUCUCUUCUAGGGAGAAUACAACUUUAGAGCGAUCUGCUGUCUUACUUUCUUACCAGCUGUGUAAAACUGCCAGUUCACCCAUCAACACUGAAAUCUUACCAACCAGAUCAUUCACUGGGUUUGAUUAUAUCGUCUUUUGUUAAUAACCUACAAUAACAAACUUGUCAUGGACUGCUAAUUCAACGGUGAAGAUUACCAUCUCUCUAAGGAGCAUUAUCAGUCUGAAGCAUUGGGCUCUUAUGUGCUGUUCCAGCACCAACAGUCUCAUCAAUCACUUGAGAACAUAAAAGUAAGAAUGUCCAAAAGAGGGUUGUAAUGAAACCUACCAUGGUCUGGUAAAUAAUACAUGUGAUGUCUCUGUGGGUAUAAUUUGUAAUCAGAUGGCCAUAUAGUCCAAUUAAAAGAAUACUUAUUUAGUAAAUGGUGUACUUUUAUUAUAAAAUACAUUUAUUUAGAUUGGAUAUGUUGUUUUAAAAUAUGGUACCUGAAUUUGUUUUAAUUUUUCUCAUUGCAUUAUUAUUUGCAGAUGUAUCAUACUUUGUCUUAUAGGCUGUGAUACAUGUCCAUGUGUCUAUUUGUCAAACAACACAAGGUUUGGGUUUGGUUGCCUGCAAACAUGUACUCUAUGUGUGCUCUAUAAGUUGCGGGUUAAUAGAGUGAUUGAAUGUACGAUGCAGGCACUUCUAAAACUGCCUUAAUUUAAAUUCUUCUCAUGGGGACCUUAAGUUAUUGGCCUGCUUGGAAAAAAAUAACAGUUCUGCGAAUGGUUUGACAUGUUUUUGCACGAUAUACUUCAGCACAGGGUGCAUUUUUAUAUGCAUAAUAUGAUGAGAAGGCAAGUAACAUAACGGCAGCAUAUUUCAUUUAAUACUCAGGCCAUGCUUUUGCAUGUUGUAUGUAUGUGUAUAUCAUGGUGUCAUUCAACAGUAUUUUGCACAGAACAAAAUGAACGUUCUUGACUACCAAGUUGAAUGAUCAUUUGAUUGAGGAGAAAAACUGUAAAGAAAUAAAUAAAAUACAGGCAUGUAACAUAAAGUGGUCAUCGAUACAGAAAUAUGUUUAUUUGUAUACAGGAUGAUAUUUGUAUAGAGAUCAUUUAAAGGCCAAAUGUAUUGUUUUCCAUUAUUUCCACUCAUGUGGCACUCACAAACACUUUUUUAAAGCACCAAAUGUGUUCUAAAGAUGACUGAAGAGUCUAGUGAAACUGUACCACAUCACGUGUGGAUUUGAUUUACCAAAAAAGGGUUGUUUAGAUUCCAUGUACUGUGUUCGGUGUACGUAACUUAAAAUUGGUAUAAAACAUAAAUCUAAAUCUAAGAUUUUGACUAAUUCUUUGCGGCUGUUGUUAUAAAUGUACAACGUCAAAGUCAUCAUUUAGAACUUAAAGAUAAACAAGUGUCUCUGAGUGUGUCUAAACUAAAAUCCAUUUAAGCUUCAGACUCCAGUAGCUGACAUCUGGCAUGUACUCAAUGGUGCGUGUUGGCAAGUGGAAACAUAUUGUUGAAGCUGUCAAAGGACAGAAGCUGUUAUUUGAAGUAUUCUACACAAUAAUUAAAAGCCUUCACUAAAACCCCCGAGUGCCUUACACAGCUUGAGAACAAAAACAUUCAACUUUCUUUAAUAAACCUUUCAACUUGCAAUACAUGCUGUGGUGCCAGAUCCCCUGCAUGUUUUGGUCAAAGGAAGCCACACUUUGACAACGCAGUGUCAGCAAUUAAAAGGUAAAUUCAAAUGCUACAUUUUUAUGGAUUUAGUUUAGACUCAGGAAACCAUAUUGUGAAUAUUUUUAUUAACUCAUGUUUAUUUCUUGCACAUUUUAUAAAAAGGGUCUAUUGUAAAUUUAUGCAAGAGUUAUAUACAUAACAAAGAAAUGUUCCCUUUUGGCCAAAACAGGCCGGAAGUCAUGUGUUUAUGUGAUAUGUAUAUAUAUAUAUAUAUAUAUAUAUAACCUCUUAAUACUCCUAUCCUAAAUAUGUAAUGUAUGGUUAAGUGAUAAAGCAUUAAUUUGCAGCCCUAAAACCAGGAUUAUUUGUUGAUCAGCUACAAAUUUUACACAUAUUUUUGUAUUGUGAUCCAUGUAUAUUAGCUCUUUCUAUUCAUUUGUAAAAUACAUACAGUAUAUUAUUGUAAAUUUUUAAUAAAACAUAAUUGUUUUAUUGCUUCAUGAA